CCCAACCCUUUCAAUUCCGUUACCGUCAUCUUCUCACCUCCAUUUAUUUAAUUAUUCUCUUUCUCUUUCUUUUUCUCUCCUUUCCUCCUCCUCCAUCAAGCACCUCACUUUCUGUCACCCCCACACACAAAUCACAAAACCCUCUUUCUCUUUCUUUUUCUCACCGAUGAAGCGUCCACUUCUGUCCGCUGCCACCGUCCACCAUGACGAGACCAAGAUGAAGAAGGCCAAGAUGGUGGUGAUAGAAGAUGGGGAUGAGGAGGAUCACGUGGAAGGAUUAGGGCGUUUCGACGACAACCUGCUGUUUGAGGUUUUGAAGCACGUGGACGCGCGGACCCUAGCGAUGGCAGGGUGUGUGAACAAACAGUGGCACAAGACGGCGCAGGACGAGAGGCUGUGGGAACUGAUCUGCACGAAGCAGUGGGCGAACACUGGAUGUGGGGAACAACAGCUACGAUCCGUAGUUCUCGCUCUCGGUGGCUUCCGUCGCCUCCACGCGCUUUAUCUCUUCCCUCUUUCCAAGCCUCAGACAUCUUCCUCAUCUUCAUCAUGCUCCUCCUCUCCCUGGGGCCCCACCAUCCCCCAGGUCAUUCGAUCGAAGCCCCUACGUUUGGGCAAGGACGAGGUUCACCUCUCUCUUUCGCUUCUCUCCAUUCGCUACUACGAGAAGAUGAAUUUCAAUAACAGAACCAGAUGAUUCCUUAUUAUUCUGCUAUCCAUAAUCUAUAUUCCGUAAUCCAUUCGAUGUGUUACCUUUUCUAAACCUAAUUUCGGCUUUCGGCACUUUCUUUUAUUUGGUGCGAUUUUUGGAUUUCAGUUGCCAGAUCUGCUUUUAAUUCAGGCAAUUAGUCUAAGCUGGAUGUGUUUUGUAACCUGUAUGUAUGUACUCUGAUUUGAUUAAUAAUAUAAUAUAUAUGAUUAUUGGAAUGUA